AUGAAUGACCUUCAAUAUGCUCCGUCCAGUCGCGGGGUUCCCCAUAUGGAGGCCAGUGCGAACACUAGGUCUGUGAACACUUCAAUCUCACGGGCUCCAGGAGGCCCGAUUCGCUCGGAAGAGAUUCAAGUUCCCCGGUCCCCUCAGACUCUCUCUUUGCAACUCGAUGGGUUGAAUGCUCGUAUACAUGACAAUAGCGCGCCAUUCCCGUCCUACGUCGAAUCAUCCGAACGAGACAGCGAUACUUCUACCGAACCACGUCGACCGGAGCUACAACCCGCAAGCCCAUUUACAGACCCCUUGUCUAGAAUUCCCUCUUCCUCAAUGAACGAUUCCAGCCCAUCUAUCAAAGUCGAAAAUUCCCAGUCGUCUACUGAGAAUGCACAAACACCAACAACACACUCGAGCUCCCAAGAACAACUGUCAGUAAAUGGGAAUGGAAGUGGAUUGAAAGAGGAGAGAUACCUCCCAAUAAAACAUAGCAAUGGGUCUUUAUCUCCUCUACGAUCUUUAGAAAAUCGUUCAUCGCGAUCGGGGAGCGGAGUAUCUUCUGCGCCAAAGCACAAGAGGACAGCGACAGGCGAUGUUAAAUCGAUUUCCUCGAGUCUUGCAGCACCCCACAGCGAAGAAUCCGACAAACUGGGGGCUACACGAUGUCGCUCAAAGAGCACUGGCUCGUCAGCCCAUGGAAGUAGAAUUGCACAGCUAUCCGUUCACAUUCGCACACGGCUAUCGUAUGCUGCUGCCAAAGUAGAAAAAUCCAGGCAAGCGCGCGAAAAGGAUACUCAGCUCGCGCUUCGCGGUUUGGAAAGUCUGUCAGAAGCGAGCACAUCGAUCCCAGGUGGAGUCACACCGACGCAAGCCUUGACCCCAACAUCUCAUCCACAGCAUUCAUCAACAUCAAUAAACACGCCCCGCAAUUUCCAGUCCCAUCACCGCUCUCAAUCAGCCAUCUCCUCAAACCCUGGAAAACUCGCCCCCUUCCCUAAACUAGCACCCCCUGUCGACAUUAUACCCUCGAAUGGAGACACACGCCGUCGCAGACCUAACCCAAAUUCGAUUACAAAAGAAUUCAAUCGCAGUCCAUAUGCUCGUCAUCAUAGAAGACAUCAUUCUGUCCAAGAGCCCUCCAUCACCAAAACAUUGGGUUCACCCCCGGUCUUAGGGCCUGGACCAACACAUAUUCCUCCAUCCGCGCGAUUGCCCUUAUCGGCCCAACACGAGGUUUACAGAUCACGCACCCAUUCUCAAAGCACAGCGAUGGAGCAGGACGCAAUUGAAACACUCCUUUUCAUGUCCAGUCCCGAAAAUUCUCAAUAUCGCUCAAGUCCACGCCCUUUACUACCGCCUACCUCGCAACUCAGCCUCAAUGAAUCAAUCCAUUCCCAAACCAAUGGAGUGGCAAGUGAUCAGAGUCAGAGCUCUCGAAGUGAAAAUUCUCUCAAUGGCCGCAGCCUCGAGCUAAGGCCAUCUGCCUUUGCACUGGAGACAAACGCGGGUGAUGAAAUCGAUCGUAUUCUAGAUCAAAUGGAAAGUGAUAGUGAGGAUGACGAACGGUAUGCAUCGCACAGGGCUAGGGCCCCCGUGCACGCAUAUAAUGGACAUAUGAGACAUCAUAGGUAA